GUUUCCCGGCCAGGCACCUGUAGUGAUCUACACCUACGAGUGGUCUCCUUUCGCGGCGGAGGCUAAGAAGUUGCUGGACUCCGUCGGUGCCGACUACACAGAGAUCUCCCUCGGCUACGAGUGGUUCCUGGCCACCCCCGAGCAAGCUGCGAAGCGAGCCGAGCUUGGUACACUUUAUGGGCGAACCAGCAUGCCUCAUGUAUUCAUCGGCGGCAAGAGCGUCGGAGGCCUCAUGGAUGGAGACCCAGGCCUUGUUCCGUUGAAGGAGACGGGUGAACUCGUGCCGAGCUUGAAGCAGGCCGGCGCCCUCCCCGACGAGGGUCUCUUUGGCUUCUUUCUGUAUUCAGGUGAUCAUCAACCGUGA